UUAUUAUUAUUUUGUCUUUGCAAAAAAACAUGGAAUAAUUUACAAACAUUAUAAACAUAUCGCAUACAAGUUAAUGGAAAUUAAAAAAUCAAUCAGUGAAACAGAAUAAAUACUGGUGUUCAGAGAAAACAGAAUAAAAACCGGUGUUCAGUGAAACAGAAUAAAUACCGGUGUUCAGUGAAAAUAGAAUUAAUAUAUGUGUUCACGGAAACAAAAUAAAUACCGGUGUUCAGUGAAACAGUAAUAAAUACCGGUGUUCAGUGAAAACAGAAUAAACAUUAGUGUCAGUGUAACAGAAUAAAUACGAGUCAGGGGCGUACCUCGGCUUAUUAUGAGUGUACGCCGAGUGCCGGUUUUUGGCCGAAGGAUCGCCAGAGACUUAUAUAUCAAAUAUAGCUAUGUGCUUUAACUAAUGAUUUAGGGGAUAUUUAAGCUAAUUGUACUACUAUUGUCUUUAUCUAUAGUUAUGAAAAUAAUUAAGAACAUAUACUGAAGAAAUAGCACGAAGUCUAACGUGUACACUGUUUUAAACAGUUUAAAAGUUAUUUGCUUUUAAAAAAACAAAACAUAGCCAGGUGUCUCUCUUGUAAAAAAGAUGGGUGUUAUCUCCUUUUGUAACAAGUUUAGUUUCUUCUUUGUUAUUUUUCUUUUGUUUCACCAUAACUUAACGUGAGAUAAAAUCAAGGAAAAUAUGCUUUAAAAUGAUCUGUAUGACUUUAAUACAAACACAACAGCUUAAAUGUUUAGUGUAACGAAAGGUUGUCGUAUUCAAACGAUCAUUUAGCUUCCUUUAAAUAUUUUUAUGCGUAUUAUGUCAAUGGUGUAGUAUUGUCUUUAACAUUUUUGUUCUCAACUCUAGUCUUUCAAAAGAAGUUAAAUGCCUCACGCACAUAAAUUAUUAUCUAAAGUCGGCGAAAAUAAAAAAGAAUUUAGACAUGAUGUGUCUUAUAUGGUUAUACAUCGUUCUCUAUCUUCGGCAGUUUAACGUACGCGCUGUACCCCGGAGUGUUCAGUGUAAUUAGAAUAAAUAUUAUUGUUCAGUGAAUCAGAAUAGAUAUACUGGUGUUCAAUUAAACAGAAUAGAUAAUGAUAAUUAACCUCGAUUUUAUAUGUUAUAAAAUUUCUUUAAUUUUUAUAUGGACGAGUUCAACAAAAAUAAAAAGGUCUAUAGAUAAAAGUGUUCAGUAAAAACGGAAUAAAUACUAGUGUUCAGUGAAACAGAACAAAUUUAAUGAUCCAUGAAAGAAAUACAUAUACAUGUUAUCCGGUUUGAACUUUGAUAUAUUUUUAUGUAUAAUACCAAAUAGAAUUGUGGUACGUCUCACAAUGGAUAAACACAGGGUGGAUUAUACAAAAUGGAAACUCAAGUGUAUAAAUCAGAAUUGGUUUUUAGAUAUCGAUGGAAAACUGAAAUUUUUAGAUAUUUUGAAAAAAUCGCGUACAGCUCAGUUGAUAGAAAACGUUAUUUUCACUGACAAUGUCAGGUAUCAAAUAACUGAAGAGAGCGAUGGCGAUAUCUCGAUAAGAGAAAUAGAGAAUGUCACUGAGAUUAAACGCACGAAAACUGUAAAGGUGACGGAGUCAAAAGAAGUUAGGACAAAACACGAAGGAGUUACCAAUUACACAUUUGAAGAGAUUUCAGUAUCACCACUAAACAGAACUCGUAACGAAUCUCUAAAGAGACGAAAUGAGCGACAGAAGGCUGAUAAGACUGUCGUUGAAGGUGCCAAAUGGUUUCAUAAUGACACUAAGGCGUCUUCAGAAGAAAUGACACAAGAAUUUGGAAGUGAAGAAUAUGUUAAAAAAGAUGGUAGGCUUGUUUUUAGCUAAAUUGAAACUGCUUUCAAAUUCUAGAACGAUUUUCUAAUGUAUAAAUAUAAGCAUGAAUUGUUUUUGAGAUAAUUAUUUGAUACAGAUGAUGACUUUGUGCUAAUCGCUGCAGUUCGGAAGGCUGAAGACAAAUAGGUGGUUGCUCUAGCGCGUGACAAGUAAGAAUAAAAAUAGAUAUAGCUGACCUUAUUAAUCCAAGUGUCCAAUUUGCAAUUCAUCAUUUGUUUUUUGGAGAAAUAUCCAAGCUCUUUUAUGAAAUACCUCAAUUUGUCUGUGAUUUGUAAAAUCCUUACUGCAACUUCUCGAUCCAUGAAUGGCGACCUAUUGAUAAUCAAUUUAGUUAUAUAAUUGACUUUAAGCCAUUAUUACUACGUGCUUUGUGCCAUAGCGUGAAGCAAUCACCAAAGAGACAUUUUGACUUCAUCAAGAAACUUCAACAUUUUAUUACAAUUUACCCU